AUGGUGGGGUGGGCGAUAGCGCUCCACGGCGGCGGCGGAGAGAUUCCGAUCGAUCUCCCGGACGAGCGACGUAUCCCUCGUGAGAUGGCCCUCCGUCACUGCCUCGAUCUUGGCGUUUCCGCCCUCAAAUCCGGCAAGCCUCCCUUGGACGUUGUCGAACUCGUCGUUCGAGAGCUUGAAAACCACCCGGACUUCAAUGCCGGCAAAGGAUCAGUCUUAACUGCGGAAGGCACUGUUGAAAUGGAGGCUUCGAUAAUGGACGGCAAAACAAAAAGAUGUGGAGCGGUCAUGGGCCUCACCACUGUCAUCAACCCCAUCUCUUUAGCUCGCCUCGUCAUGCAGAAAACUCCUCACAUCAACCUUGCUUUCGCUGCCGCAGAAGCUUUCGCAAGAGCACAUGGCGUUGAGACGGCCGAACCAAGCCAUUUCAUAACUCUUGAAAACAUUGCAAGGCUAAAGCAGGCCAAAGAAUUCAAUCGAGUCCAGUUGGAUUACACAGCCCCUACUCCGAGAGAAGCGGGAGACAGCCAGACAGGAACGGUGGGAUGUGUAGCGGUGGACAGAGCCGGGAAUCUAGCUGCGGCUACAUCGACGGGCGGUUAUGUCAACAAAAUGGCUGGCAGAGUUGGGGAUACGCCGCUCAUUGGCGCAGGAACGUACGCUAACCACCUUUGUGCCGUCUCAACCACAGGCAAAGGAGAAGAGAUCAUCCGUGGAACCGUCGCUAAAGAAGUGGCUGCGCUCAUGGAGUAUAAAGGCUUGUCUCUAACCGACGCUGCGGCUUAUGCUGUUGACCAAUCCGGACCCAUAGGAACCUGUGGACUCAUUGCUGUCUCCGCCAAUGGUGAAGUCACUAUGCCCUUUAACUCCACCGGAAUGUUCAGGGCCUGUGCCACCGAAGAUGGUUACUCUGAGAUCGGAAUCUGGCAUAACAACUAG